AUGUUUCUCAAAGCUUGCUCUAUUGUGGUUUCCACCGUUUUGGAUAUCUGUUCUAUCAUUGGGUCUCUGGCAUUUUACAAAGUGGUCAAUAGAUUCUCCCGCUUUUUCUACGUCGCCCAGUUGUACCGCUACCUCUUCUUGGUAAUUAGCUUCCUUGCAACUCUCAACUCUCUCUUGGCUACCAAGCUGAUCCUUGUGAUCAGCCAAUUUGAGACCAUGAUGUCGAUUUUCAUUGAUGAAGAAUACCCCGGUUCAUGGUUGGAUAUCAUGUUCCGUAUCUCGUUUGCAUGCUUUUAUACCAUCACCUGCAUGCAAAUUUUGAUCGUCUCGAUUUUGUUCGUGGUCAAGGCUAAUGACUCGUUCUUCAAUCGCAAGCCGGGAAAAUUCGAUUACUUCCUUAUAUUUAUGGUGGUCCUCGUGAGUAUAGCUGUCGGACUACCAUGCCUUCUAGAGCCUCUGCAAUUGGUCCAUGUCAACGAUGAAUUCUCAUUCCCCCAGCCCCCAUCGGAAUUCAUCAUGUACUCGGUUUUUGUUCUUUUCGCCUGUCUGUUCUGUUGGAUCAUCACCGUUCUUGUUAAUAAGGACAACGUGUUCUCCGAAAUUCUGAUUGUUGGACUUGGAAUGGCUGCUGUGGUUGUGAACAUUAGCCUUCUCUACUUGGGACUGACUGAAGGAUUGGCUCACCUUCUCGAACCGGCCUACAUCGCUCUUCCAAUCACAUCAUCCUUCUUUUCCUCAUCCGUUAUGGCUAGCCGUAUCAUCACCUACCCAAAGGUCCGUACAUUGGUGUUUGAUUUCGUGUUGUGCAAGCAGAAAGUCAAAGUGGAUCCAGUGGUCGUCAACUAUGAGGCAAAUACUCGCAACAACCGGGAAAUCAUCACAAUCAAGAUUUGA